AUGACAAAGUUGGAUUCUAUUAGGCACUUUAAUGGGAUAAAGAUCGACCGCCAACUCAUCACAACAUUGUUGGAGAGGUGGCGGAAGGAGACAAAUUGCUUCAACUUUCUUGAAGGCGAGAUGACGAUCACAUUGAAGGACAUCACCAUUCUAACUGAUUUGCCCAUCGAUGGUGAUGUUGUGUGUGCGGGCUCUCAUGCACCAGAUAAAGUUGGGAAUAUAAGCGGUUGGCAGCAUUUGAUAUGGACAUCCACGAGGUUGACAGUGCCAGAAAAGGGAGAACAUGAUGAGGAGGGUCAUCCACCACUGACCAAUGACUAA